GACAGUCCAGACAUGGCUGGAAACGGGAGGCAGCUCCGUUUGACCGAGCCCCAUCUCCGACUCCAAGCCGCCUCCAAAAACUAACAACAACAAAAGGACAACUUUUUCUUUUGCGCAAGUGACCGGGCCCGGGACAAAGACAGCAAGACCGGAGACGUUUGUGCACGAGAGAGUGUGAGAGGCAGGGUUUAUCAUUUUUUGUUUUUAAAAGAGUUGAGAGAGAAGCGACAGGUUGGGAGGGUCGCUGCAGGUCUACACGCUGUUCAACGCACAUGAUGGCACCAAAGAUGGCAGAUGGAUUUGCUUUCCCUAUUUAAGUAUGACAUCUCCGGUCUAAAGGUGUCAUACAUAUUGUGAACCCUAGUCGAUGGAUUUACUACCUUUAAUACAAGAAUAUUUUACCUGUACUUUCUCCAUAGGCUAGAAAUCGUGAAGCAUGGGCGACUGGAGCUUUCUGGGGCGGCUGCUGGAGAACGCUCAGGAGCACUCGACGGUCAUCGGCAAAGUCUGGCUGACCGUCCUCUUCAUCUUCAGGAUCCUGGUGCUGGGGGCGGCGGCCGAAGAGGUCUGGGGCGACGAGCAGUCCGACUUCACCUGCAACACCCAGCAGCCCGGUUGCGAGAAUGUCUGCUACGACGAGGCCUUCCCCAUCUCCCACAUCCGCUUCUGGGUGCUGCAGAUCAUCUUCGUGUCCACGCCGACCCUCAUCUACCUGGGCCAUGUGCUACACAUCGUCCGCAUGGAGGAGAAGCGGAAAGAGAAGGAGGAGGAGUCGCGCAAAGCACACCGGUUUCAGGAGGAGAAAGAACUCCUUUAUAGAAACGGAGGAGGAGGAGGCGGCAAGAAGGAGAAGCCGCCCAUCAGGGAUGAGCACGGCAAAAUCCGUAUCAGAGGCGCGUUGCUGCGUACUUAUGUGUUCAACAUUAUUUUCAAGACCCUGUUUGAAGUGGGAUUCAUUUUGGGCCAGUAUUUCCUCUAUGGCUUCCAGCUGAGGCCCCUGUACAAGUGUGCGCGUUGGCCCUGCCCCAACACCGUGGACUGCUUCAUAUCCAGGCCCACGGAAAAGACUAUUUUUAUUAUAUUUAUGCUUGUGGUGGCUUGCGUGUCUCUUUUGCUGAAUUUGUUAGAGAUCUAUCACCUUGGAUGGAAGAAAGUUAAACAGGGGAUGACGAACGAGUUUGCCCCCGACCACGAGUCGCUGCGCCGUGUCAACAUCGCCGAGCCCGAGUGCUUGCCCUCGGCCUCCAGAACUGCCCCCUCCAGCCUCAGCUACCCCCCCAACUACACGGAUGUGACGGCGGGCAGUGGGGCCUUCCAGCUGCCCCUGGGGCCGGCAGCCAUGCCCUCUACGGAGGAGUUCAAGAUGGAAGAGCUCCAGCAGGAGGAGCCCUCCCCCUCCUCCCACUACUACAUCAGCAACAACAACAACCACAGGCUGGCCGCGGAGCAGAACUGGGCCAACCUGGCCACCGAGCAGCAGACUCGGGAGAUGAAGGCCACCUCCCCCUCCCCAUCAUCCUCUUCCUCCACCGACAAGCAGCAGCAGAGCGUCAACGCUGCGCUGCUUCCUCCAGCCAGCAACACCACGAGUAACACCAACAUCGACAACUCCACCGCCACUGCCGCCUCGAGCAGCAGCAGCAGCAGCCCGGGCACCGUGUCCAACGCAGGCAGCUGGAGCGGGGGUAAGAGCGAGCUGGAGGAGGGCUACGUCACCACCACCACUGUGGAGAUGCACCAGCCUCCAGUGACGGUCAGCACAGACCCCCGGCGGCUCAGUCGGGCCAGCAAGAGCAGCAUCCGGGCCCGGCCGAGCGACCUGGCUGUCUAAAUCUCUUCCUCCCUUUCAUGUCCCUGAACCCUCCCUUUCCCAAACCCCACCCCCUGAAAUACAGUGAUUCUCAGAGAUAAGAAUCCCACACCUGCAAAAACACACACAAAAAUGGAAAACCAAAAGAAGGCGAGGUGACAAAAGACAGGAGAGCAGAAAAGGUUUAAUGUGAAAGGACUCGACCCGCAGCAGUCGUUGAUUUAGUGCAAUCGGUGAGUUGCAGAGUAGGUUUGUUUUUUUUGGAUUGUCUUAAUUUAUGCACAUUAAAUGUGAUCAUGCAGUGCUUAUGAAGUCAGAAGGCUCCGCUUAUGGCGAUUGGAUGGAGCGAAGGACAUUGUGAUGUCAUAAUUUUGCAUCAAAAUGGACACAUCUCACCAACGUGUUUGGUUUUGGGGGGGGGGGGGGUCGAAACAAUGACUGGAUACAUUUUAUUUUAUCUGGAGGAGGCACAGGUCGGCGGCGUUGUUGUACAGAUGAGUUAUUCCACGUGUAGCCAGACAAUUUGCUUAUAAAGCUUGUUCUUUUUUUCAUCUGGUUUCACAGUUUAAUCUGCAGCAGACGUGCACUGCCUGCUCCAGCGUUUGUCCUCUGACCUACAAGGUCUUAAGCCCAUGCACGAAGAAAUAUCAUCAGCAAACAUUACUUGUGUUGUGUUCCCUGUGCAUGCCAGCAUGUGUAGCCCUACAACUCACCGAUUCACCCAGAAAUGCUCACGGCAAAGCUGGUUAGCUUGGUUUUACCCAUGAUCCAUUGCAGAGACAUAUUAUAUUGUAAUUGAGAUGGAUGGAUAGCAAUGGACUGAUGUGAUAUUCCCCAAGUCCUCAGCAUAGUGUGGACGGGAUAUGGGUCAAACCUGCUGGUAGAAGUCAUCCCUGUGAUUCCCAGAAUGCACCUGGGUAACUACAAGCACUUCAUUGUCAAUAACAUAGGCAUCUAAACGUUUCCACCAUGCCGUUACUUUGCAAAAGCCUUCCUCUGUCUGCGUUUCCUUCAGGCACUCACUGCACAAAUGAGAUAUGGCCUUCAAACUAUCUUUUAAGAUAUUAAACAGAAUGCAUGGCAGCCACUAUCUGAUGAAAAGGAAAACGAUAUUGUCCUUAUUCCGUUCAGACGAUAGCCUUCAAACGUGUAUAUUUUAACAUUCCCCCCUUUUAAUCAUCACACCAACAUAUUGAGAGCAAGUUUUGGGGGUUUAACAAUAUUCACCGUCACACAUUUCCCAUUGCUUCAUCAUCGGUUUUACUCUGAAAAGUGCUCAUUUCUUUAAUUGAAUAUUACUCAACAACAAAAAGUAAGAAAUACAGACGCAGAUGACCUUCUAAUUUGUUGUGUUCAUCUUAAUUCCUAGAGAUCUUUAGAAACUUUGAGCAGCAGUCGUGUCUCUGUGCUGUUUGGUUCAUUCACAACCCGGGCACGUCUCUGCUUUACAGACACCUUAACCCACUGUUUGACCCUGUGAGUUCCCCUCUCGGUCAACAUUUUAAGUAAAAAGUUGAAUCCUCUGCAAAUCUGCAUCGGGCCUUUUGCAUCCACAGGGCAAAACAAGGCUAUUCAGUAUUAAUAUGGUUGUGCAUUUUAGGAAAAACUACUUUCCCAGCAGUUAAUGUGCAGGUUAAUACACUGGAGAGAGAGCAAUUAUUUUUGGGGGUGGGGGUUACAAAAAGAUGGUACUGUAUGGUGUUAGAGUAUCUGUACCCAUAUCGGUAAAAUGUCUCAUCUUACUUAAGUUGCUUAAAUGACAUUUAGUGCAAACAGAAACACAAAGAGGAGAACAAACACGACACAGCGCAUGAGUAAAAGCAGCCUUUACAAAUCCAUGUUUCUUGUUCAAAAUGACAAAAGAAAAUCUGUUACCUACAUUUGUUUUUGAUCCCUAAAGUUUACAUUUUGGUAGUUGAUAAACAUUUGCACAUUUAGGAAAAGAAAAAUUGCUGUUCUACGAUGAUGAUAUCGGUAGUAGUAGUAUAGAGGGAGAGAGAGAGAGAGAGAGAAAGAGAGUG